AUGGCGCCCUCAGUUUUUCUCAUAAGACACGGACAGACAGAAUGGUCGAAGAUCGGAAAGUAUACUGGCAAAACAGAUAUAGAGCUCACAGAGGCUGGGAAGAAGGAGGCAAUUGCUCUUGGAGAUAGCUUUGUCGGUCCUAACAAACUAAUCGACCCAUCACACCUCGUGCACGUUUUUGUGAGCCCAAGAAUCCGAGCCAGAAGAACUUUUGAACUCGUCACCGAAGAGCACCCAGAAGUGAGGCAAAGAGCUACUUUCUCGGAAGAUCUCAGGGAGUGGGACCAUGGAGAUUACGAGGGAAUGACGACGCAGCAGAUUAGGAAUUCGAGGGCAGAGAAAGGACUUGAUCCAUCGUCCGAGUGGUCAAUCUGGGCUGGCGGAUGUGAGGGUGGAGAAUCAGUACAAGACAUCGCACGGCGCGCCAAGGAUGUAAUUUCCUCUAUUCGAGACAUUCAAAAGGACUACAUGAAUGAUGAGAAUGGUGGAAAUGUCAUGAUUGUCGGGCAUGGUACUUUCCUUCGAUGUCUUUGGAAAGUCUGGGCACAUCUCCCGGUUGAUGCGCCUAUAGAUAUCCAAUUUGAGACUGGGUCAGUUGCGACUCUGAGCUACAAGGGCAAUGACAUCGACAGUCGAACUGCUGUAAUCGGCCUUAAAAUGCAUUCCGCCUGA